AUGGUUGAUACUGAACAGAUUCCUCGAUGGCAUCAAAAUACAUCAAAUUCAAUUAUGAUAAAUGAUGAUCAUCAUGGUAGUCAACGAGACAAAGUCCAUGUUCGUGAAAAUGAUAGUACUAAAACUAUCACCACUAAUCGUCGUUCCCCAAUAACAACAUCAAAAACUUACAAUAAUAAUUCGAUCACAUCAUUAGCACCAACAGCUAUUUUAUUCGCUAAAGAUGAGAGAAAACGUUUAUCAGCUUAUGAAAAAUUAUUGUAUGAUUCACAGCAUGACACGCGAUGGAAAGCAGAAGAGAAAGCUGGUAGAAGAAUUGGUUUUUAUUUAAUUAGAGGCGAUAUUGGACUAGGAAAUUUUUCUCGUGUAAAACUUGGUGUACAUUUGUUAGCAAAAGAAAAGGUUGCUAUUAAAAUAUUAAAUAAAAUAAAAUUAGAUGAACGAACACAACGUUUAUUAUUAAGAGAAAUAACUUCCAUGGAACGUUUACAUCAUCCAAACAUUAUUCGACUCUAUGAGGUUAUUGAAACACCGAGUGAUAUCUACAUAGUAAUAGAAUAUGCAUCUGGUGGUGAAGUUUAUACAAAAAUAACGACAAAUGGAAAAUUUACAGAAGAUGAAUCAAAACAUUUGUAUUCGCAAAUAGUUGCUGCUGUUGAACAUUUACACAAUAAAGGUGUUAUCCAUCGUGAUAUCAAAGCAGAAAAUGUCUUUUUUGCUCGAGAACGUUUAGUUAAAUUGGGCGAUUUUGGGUUUAGUACAUUUUCCGAGAAAAACCAGACAUUAACAACAUUUUGUGGUAGUCCACCGUAUGCAGCUCCUGAGUUAUUUCGCGAUGAAAACUACAUUGGUAUCUACGUCGAUAUUUGGGCCAUGGGGAUUUUAUUAUAUUUUAUGGUGACAGGUUUAAUGCCAUUUCGGGCAGAAAAUGUUGGUAGUUUACUGCAACCGGAGCCUACUCAACGUUGGACAAUUGCACAAAUUCGAACGUGUCCUUGGCUAAAAGAUGCAUUUUUUCCAGAAGCAUUCGAGGAAUUUCCGCUUAAUUUGUCAAAUGUUUGGACAACAAAUCAAAAGAGAAUGAAUUUAACGGCACAAAAUACAACAAUUCCACGUGAAUUACAACAUCAGUCAGCCUUCGAAUAUGAAGCACACUCACAACUAGAAGAAAUGGGUAUAUCAUCGAAUGUUUUUCGAACAAUGGAAAAUAAUGUAAUGACAAAUCGUGAUAGUGUGAAUGGUACAUAUCGUAUCAUUUUACAUCGUCUACAGAAACUGUCAGGUCAUUUGGAAUGUCAAGAAGAUCGGUUAUUGAGUGAAGAUUUGUCAUCAUCGUCUAUGAAUGUUAAUGGACGCAAUUCCACCAGUAAUAAUCGUAGUACAACAAGACGAGUAAGCACCGCUGGUAGUGGACGACGGACAAGCAGUGCGAAACGACGAACACAAUAUAAAAACACCAAAGUUUGUACAGUUUUAUAA